CGUCGAACGCACCGCGCUCGAGCUCGCGCGCGCGCGCGUUCGGCUCGCGGGUAACGUUCGAUACGCGCGUCGAAGGCUCGCGAGGUCUUCUGGAAACGCGAUGCAGCGUUUACUCGAGCUCGCGCGCUUCGGCGGGGACGCGGACGCGGUCGGAUCACGCGACGCGGGAGCCGCGCCCACCAUGACGCUGAAGGCGAGCAGUUCAAACCGCGCACCCGCGCCCGCGCGCGCGCACGCGGGGGAAACGCUGAGGAAAUCCGGGAGCGGAUGCUGCAUAUCUGAUCCAACCGCUCCGCUGUACAGCAAGCUCGGGUCCAGGGAAGGGUUCGCGCACUGGACGACGUCGCACCUCCCGCCGAGGAAGAAGCUCGAGGGGAAGGGCGCGAACGGCGUGCGGUUCCCUCCGUACGGCGCGUUCGACGAGCACAAACGAGAGAGCGAGGGCGGGUUCGAGUCGCCGAGGAAGGAGCACCGCCGCGACGGCCCGGGCGCGCGGUUUUCGCGUCUCUUGUCGCGACUCCACGAGCGCGCGGCGGCGGGCGGGGGCGGCGGGGGUCCUAAACCUCCUCAGUCAAAAUUCGCGCGCGCGGGCGCGUCGUUCGUCCGCGGCGUCGGCGGCGGCGCCAGCCGCAUCGGAUGCGCGGCUGGGAACGCGGCGAAGAGAGCGAGGGACGGGAUUCGGAACAUCAUCUCGCCGUUGCAGAUGCUGAAGAUCGUCACCGUGCUCUUCUUGAACAUGACGUGGAGCGUCACGACGGAGACGCUCUCGAUUCCGCGCAACGUGUACGUCGUCGGGAAGCUUCUGUGGCCGUCGCUUCUCGCGCGGUUCGCCUCGGAGGUGGAGAGCCCGAAGAAGAAGCGGCGGCGCGAGCGCAGAGAGGCGCGGGAGCGCGCGAUGCCGAAGAUCAACCUCGAGAGAGCGAAGCAGCGGAUCGUCGGGUUGGGGAAGAACAGCAAGCGUCUGAGCGGGUUUCUCGUCGGCGGCGUCCGGAGAAAGAUUUUAGAGACCGGGGAGCACAUGAACGAUCACAGGAGGGUCGACUUCCUCGUGAAGGAGGGCCAGCGCUGCAACGCCGUGUGCGACAGCGAGGGCGCGACGGAGGCGUUUCGCGCCGCCGUCGCGAUUCGACCGAACGAUCACGAGCUCCUCGUGUCGCUCUCCAAGUGCCUCAGCGAUCGCGUGUUCGAAGAGACCGUGUUCCACAACGCGCCGCUCGCGAGGGCGAUCUCGAACGAGGCCGCGGACAUCUCCAAGCGCGCGAUUUCUAUCCGGCCGAACCACGCGGAAGCGCACGUCUGCCUCGGCGCCGCGCUCGGGAGGCUGGCGAUGUGGUGCGAUAACCGCCAAAAGGUUGACCUCUCGCGGUCGAUCAAGGAGUGCUGCGAAGAAGCGAUUCGCCUGGAUGCGUCCAACGAUCUCGCGAUGCACGUCCUCGCGCGGUUCCAUCACCAGAUGGCGAACCUAGGGAAGGUUGUCCGCGUGCUCGUGAGGGUCGUCUACGGCGGCGCGCUCGAGCCCGGGACGCUGGAGGAGGCGGAGGCGUUGUUUCGACGCGCGAUCGCGAUCAAGCCCGAGCGGCUGAUUCACCGCGUCGAGCUCGGGAAGCUGUUGCUCGACCUCGGACGUGCGGAGGAGGCGAAAGCGGAGCUCGUCCUCGCCGUGGGUCUCCCGCGCGAGGAUAUCAACUCCGAGCACGAGCGCAGGGACGCGGUCGGGCUCUUGAAGAAGCACUGGGAGAUCGAGGCGACGACGCCGGCGUUUGAGGAUCCGCCGCCGACGCCGCCGCCGCGUCGGUGCCAGAAGAGCGGGGAGUUCGCGCGCGACGCGGACGGACACCUCGUGAUUCGCUCGCCGGCAAAAUCGCUGAGAUUCGAGCAGUGAAAGGGGGGGCGUAUUAUUUUUUCCGCGCGCUCGAUCAUCACGACGAGCUGCGUGCGCGUAGUAGACCAGAGAUGGCUCGCUGUUGUAUCCAAUAUUCGCACUUGAGCACCAUUUUU